AUGAUAAUGUUUGCAAGAAUCUACCUGAUCAUGCGAGUCUUAAGGGAGUUCUCCCUCUUCAACUAUGAAUACACAGAUAGAUUCGUAUACAAAGAGACUGAGCUGGAGUCUCGUCUAUCGUAUGACAUAAUAAUCAAAUCCAUGUUUAAACAGAGACCUUACUUCAUGCUUGCCACUUAUUUCAUAUUUACUACUACUUUCUUGGCAUUUGCAGUCAGAAUGUUUGAAAGACCAUUCUAUGAUGACCCAAAAGUUAGUAAUGUAUCAAGUGAUGAUCCCUCGUACCAGGACUAUAGCCUGUUUAACAACGCAUGGUGGUUGAUAGUCGUCACCAUGACCACAGUAGGGUAUGGAGAUUACUACCCAAGAACUCAUCUUGGAAGAAUGGUUGUCUUAAUAGCUUGUUUCUGAGGAGUAUUCAUGGUUUCCCUCUCAGUGGUAACUCUCACAUCUGCUUCUGAAUUCACUCGAGGUGAAAAAUCUACCUAUGAGAUCUUACUGAGGCUCAAACAAAGAAAAGCUAUUGAGCAUGCCGCUCGUAAAGUGAUCUACUACAAUGUCUGCUACUUUUUCCUGAAGAGAGAACUUAAAAUAAAGGAACAAAAGAAAGCUGAAGAACGAAAAGUGGCGAAUCUGAGAACCUCUGAAGAUAUCUUAGAAACCAAAAUUGAAGAAAAGAAGAAGAUGGAGGCUGACAAGAAGAAUGUUCCAUUUUAUACCAAAUUACGCCAGCUCAAAGACAAUAAGAAGAGAUAUGAAAAUAUUUUCUAUAGUAGGAGAAAGAGACUCACUCCUAUUGAGACAAUGGAUCAUGUUCGAUAUGAUUAUUCUAAGAUCCAGAAGCGGAUGGCUAUGGCAAACUUUAUCGAAACUGCACUACUGAACACACUUAAAAUACAAACCCAGCAAGAAAAACAGUUGAAAAUGACUUUGAACAACUUCAAAAGAGUUCAGAGUGAGACCAACAGACUUAGUAUGUUACAAAGAAGCUUUGCAAUGAAAGCUCGCUCAGAUAAUCACAGCACAGAUGAUGUGGAGAAGAAGUCGUACUUUCAUCAGACUUCUUCGAAUUCAAUAUCUCCUUCUGGAAAGGAUUACCUCAAGAGUCACAAAAGAACAGCUCCGAAUGAUAGUGGAAAUACCACAGCCAAUGUUCACAUUUCUAAGGAAGAGCUUGAGAGCAAAAUUGCGGUCCUUCAAAAAGAGCUUAACAGACUUAAACAAGAUGAUAUUUCAGAUAAUUUCAAGUUCCCGAACCCUAAAAAUUUUGGAAGAAGUCUUACAAGAGCUUACAAAAUCAACAGUGAAUCUCAUAUUUCUUCAGCUUCGAGGAGAUCCUCCAUGGGAAAGAGCCAUACGAGUGUCAACAACAGUAAUCUCGGCCAGAAUAACCAAAAUAAUGACAACAAGAUUAGUGUCUUUGAGAGAUCAAAAUUUUCACCGAGAACGAAGCUCCAAAACUCUGUGAGUAGUCCGAUAUCUUCUGAGGAAUCCAGUUCGGAAGAGUAUAAGGAUGAUGACUCCGACACCGUGAGAAGCAGGAAUAUGGGAAAUCCUAACAUCACGAUUUCUCAAAUAGAAGGGAAAGAUGAACAAGGUAAAAAUAUUGAUGCAAAUAAAUCAGCCUCGAAAUCAACUCCUUCAAGAAGGAGAUCCUCAGUCCAGGUUAAGAACACUCUAUUCAGCUAUUUCAAUGAAAAGGAGAUGUCUGAGGGUCAAAAAUUGGUUGGAAAAUCCUCUGGAAAACUUCCUAUCAGGAGACAAGGCACUAAUAUCAACCUUCGAGAAAUAGAGAACCUCUAUCCUACUAUUGACGAACAGGAAAGCAAGGAGGAAAGUGUAGGAGAAUCUUCGGUAGAAAUUCCUCCCAAGGGUAUCCCUGAUCCCAAAAUGCACGAUAUUUUCUACAGAAAGUCGAAUAUUGAUCAGCCUCUCGUAGAAAGGAAGGCACCAAAGACCAAUAUUAACAGAAGGUUUAAGUCUAAAAUGCUUUCCCUCUUUGACUAGCUAAAAUUUAAAUUUCAACCAAAGAUUUGUAUUUAG